AAACUUUUAAAAUAUUGAUCGUACUGUCCUGUGAAAUACAAUAUCUGAUUACACGAUCUUUUAAUUAGUUUAAGUAGCGACCAUUCAAUUAAUUCCAACAAGUUCAAAUUCGCAUUAAUGACACAUUAAUUAUAAUAAAUAUAAAUUUAUCUAUUGAAUAAUGACAAAGAAUAGUUUUUAAAUUUUUUAGGUAUUCUUUAGUCCAUUAAAAUCUUCUGCUGCGUUAACAAUAAUGUAAAACUGCAGUCAAAAAUUACGAUACUUUGUACGUGGGAGUGAAAAUGCACGGUAAAGAACGCGCAUAUAUCGAUCAAUUUUUCAUCGCUUAUUUUCUACAUCCAUGCAAAUAUUCGCGGCAGUGAACCAGUUUGUGAUAAACAUUGCCACGAAGAAAAUUUAAAAUCAUAUUUUUGUGUGAAUCGCAUGUGUUACCGUAUACGGGACUAAAACAUAAACAAUGAAAGUUUGAUAAAAUAAAUUCCGUGCAUACAAGAGAAUUGAUUGCUGGACGACAUCUAUAUGAAAUUGGAGCACGGAAAUACAUGCAGCUCGUGAACUUCCAGGAUGAACGCUACGACUUACACGAGCAGCACGUUGGCUGGAAUUAUGGGGCUCGAGUCAAGGAUGGAUAAGGCGGGGAGCGUGGACAGCGACCUUGAUAUUUCCCCGGUCACACUGUCCUCCGCGUGGUCCAGGGUGGCGAGGCUCCUCUUGUUGGCGUCGAUGGCUGUCGGUGGCAGCGUUGGCAACGUCUUCAUGAUCUCCGCCGUGGUGGUCGAGGAUCAACUUAAGAAACGAGGGAACGCGUUUCUAGUGAACGUCGCGUUGGCGGAUCUACUAGUGACAGGGCUCGUGAUACCUGUGUCGGUGAUCGUGAUCCUGGCGGGUCAUGAAGAGUCGUUGAGCACAUGCCGAUUCGAAUGCACUCUGGAGGCCCUCUGCUUUCUGGUUACCGUACUAACGUUAACCACCAUUGCCGCGGAGAAUUACACUCGUUUGUGUCUGCCUCACGAAAGAUACGGCGUGCUGACCCCAAGCCGCGUCACAGCGACGAUCAUCAGCGUUUGGCUGAUAUCCGCCAUGACAGUUGUGUUGCAAUCAUCCCUGGACGUAGGUCCCGACUUCUGCCGGCGACGUUUCACCGGUAUAGCAAUGGAGCAGAUAAUAGGCGCCACGUUCCUAGUAGGGCUGCCAACAUUGACGACCAUAUUCCUCUACGUGAAGCUCGUGAUCCGCGUCCGCCACGCCACAAGGGGCUCGUACAAGCCACCUAUCGCAUUCUCCUGGGACUACGAGCUAGCCAAGGCCAACAUAUACAGUUGCGUCAUGUUCGUCGUGUUCUGGCUACCUUUCGGCAUAGUCGUGUGCCUCAAUUCGUUCAAACCGAUAAGCCCACGUGUCCUGUACAACCUGGCCUGGUUCGCCCUCUCCAAAUCCUGUUUCAACAAUCUGAUCUACUGCGUGGCGGACAGGCACUUCAGAAGCGCGUACGUCAAGCUUUUCCAUUAUUGCUGCUGCAAAACAACGGUGAGUUUUUCGAGGAGGACGCGUGGGGAGGGGGGCCGGAACACUAGCGACGUGCGCCUCAGAGUUCACAUUAUACACUCGUACGCGAGUCCUGGCUCUUGUCGGCCACCUGUCGGCAGGCCUAACGGGCGUGACGUUUACGAGCUCUGAAUUCGACGAAAUCACGAUGUGCUUGAGACAUGGAUGUAUCUUAAAAGGUAUCAACGAUCGCCGUCCAGUAGAGAGAUUGAUUAUAUUUCGGUUUGUCGUGUCGACGAGAUAUUCCCGUGAUCGGCUAGGUUGUUCUUCGGUGUUGUAAUUGAGAUUCGAAUUUAUUUAUUUAUUUAUUUAUUUAUUUUAUCUUUAGGAUGUGUGAGGAUUGAAGGGUUCAUAGGGAAGACUAUUCUUAUGAUGCUUUU